CUUUUGUACAGUUUGGCCUCAAAUCCCCAACAUGAUUUACGCCAUUUACACCAUAUUUCAGUAUCUUAUAUUAAAUUAGUACAUUGUGUAUAAAUAUUGUGGCCAUGACUCCAAACUUAGCCCCUGCAGAUCCUGACCUGGCUAACCAUCUCCAUAAAGUGCUUGGUCAACUACAAGUGCCCGAUAAUGAAGUCAUUGAACAAGCUACAGAAGAGUUACGGAAGUUGAGUCAACAUAAUGCGUUCAUGUCUUCACUAUUUAGUGUCUUGUGCAGUGAUUCUGCAAUUCAAGUUCGGCAGUUUGCGGCUGUUGUGUUUCGAAGAAAAAUAAUGAAAUGUUGGAAAAGCUACAGCGAGAGUGACCGUUCAUCAAUGCGGUCGGCACUUCUCCAGAGGUUGGGGCAAGAAAGUGACGCGACUUGUUUAAGGUCGGUCAUGCAGAUUGUUGGGUCUGUAGCCAAGCAUGAAUUGGUGGAUGACGGGACUUGGCCAGAACUUCUACAGUUUAUUGAAACCAGCAUUAAAACCAGCAACACUAAACAAGUGGAGUGUGGAAUGCACCUGUUAAGCAUAGUGUGUGAAACGGCAGGGGAAUACUUGGACAAUGAAUAUAAUGCUAUCCUAGCAUUGAUAAGCAACACGCUAAUGGCUGCACCACAGAAUCCUGAUUGUGCUUACUACUCUGUACAAGCAUUUAAUGCUUUGGUGCCUUUUCUCGGGGAUGAACAAUCGCGCUUAGUUCGUCCCUUGGUUCCAAAAUGUGUGGAAGUUGUGAAGAUUUUGUUGGAACAUGAUGAGAGCCAUGCAGCCGAAGUUUUAGAAAUCUUUGAAAGUUUGAUCGAAACUGAAGUGUCAUUUAUUGCUCCGUUCGUGAAAGAUCUUGUUUUGUUUUCACUCCAGAUUGCAAACAACAAUGGUUUGGAAGAUGAGACGCGAGUGAGGUCACUUGUUUUACUGCAAUGGAUUAUCAAGUUGAAGAAAAAGGCGAUCCUCAAGUUAAACUUAAUCAGUCCAAUCAUUGACGUCCUCAGUCCAAUACUGGUGUCAGAAAUCGAUGAUGCAGAUUCUGAUGACGAAGCAGGUUUUAUUGGUGACUCAGCAGAAUCCCACACGCCUCUCGCAUCUGCUUUACAUGUAAUUGACGAUUUAGCUUUACACCUCCCACCAGAAAAACUAUUCACAAAAAUUAUGCCGUUCGUGCAGUCAUGCGUGGCGGCCAAUGAAGCACGUCAUCGCCGUGGGUUGCUUUUAACUCUUGCUUGUUUAUGUGAAGGGACAUCAGAGUUCAUUAGAGCUAAUCAUCUUCAUUCAUUCGUUGAGCUCGUAUGUCGAGGAGCCGUUGACAAUAAUCCUAAAGUUCGUAACGCAGCAAUGUUCGCACUCGGACAAUUCUCUGAAUAUUUGCAGCCUGAUUUGAACCAGUUUGCGGAGCAAGUGAUGCCGAUAUUGUUUGGCGUGCUUCAGCAGUUGCAUCAGGAACCUAGUAGUGCAAGCAUGACAAAGGCGUAUUAUGCGUUGGAGAACUUUGCCGAAAGCUUGGAGUCCGGCAUACUACCAUAUCUUGAGCAACUAAUGGGCCAUUUAUUGUCAUCUUUAAAAUCAACAACAGAUAUUCACACAAAGGAAUUAUUGGUCAGUGCUAUAGGUGCAGCAGCCAACGCAGCUGAGGACAAACUUCUUCCUUAUCUCGAUGAAAUCUUACAACUCAUCCAACAAUGCUUGUCUACUUUGGAUAAAAACCACGUUGGUGAGGAGGAUGAAGGGGAACUCACCGUGUUGCACACACAAGCUCUUGAUACUUUGGGUGUUUUGGUUCGUACUUUGGGCAAACUGAACGCCCAGUUACCAAGUGAUUGUAUUAACCUUGGGAUGACGCUUUUGUCAACGGAAACGAAUGAUCCGGACCAAAGAAGAGCGGUGUUUGGAUUAUUCGCAGCUGUAACCUCCCUCGUAGGUGAGGACAUGGCUCCUUUUAUGUCGGUUAUUGUGAAGAAUAUGUUGACUUCUGUUCAAUCAUCUGAGGGUAUCAUUCCUCUCUUCUCUGAUGAGGAUGAUGCAACUGGAGGAAUCCACAAUUUCUCUUUCCUUGAUGAAACCGACCUUACGAACGGAAAUCAUGAAGCAGAUGAGGAAGACGAAGGCGUCAACGGUUUCUCCGUCGAAAAUUCUUACAUGGACGAAAAGUCUGACGCUUGUGAAUCUCUGGGUGAUUUAUCCAAGCACGCACCUAAAGCUUUCCAACCAUAUUUGGCUGAGGCAUUUGAGGAGAUAUUCAAACACAUAGAACACCCACAUUGUGACGUAAGAAAGGCUGCCAUAGCAACGUGUGGACAGUUUGUGGAAACUGCUUUCAUUCUACAAAACGAACUAUACCCCAAUUUCCUCGCUCAAAUAUUCCCGGUAGUUUGUAAGACGAUUUCAAAAGACGAAGAUCGCCUCGUAGUAAUGUCAGCUAUAACAACAAUGAAGGUGAUGAUUGAACAGUGCGGGGUGGCUACUUUCACCAAUCAAGAACAAGACGUGCAGGUGUUAAUGCAAUCAUUGAACGAAGUUCUGCUUCAGAAAUCUGCAUGCCAAGAUGAUGACGGUGACGAAGAAGACGAGCAGCAGGCCGAAUACGACGAAAUGUUAAUUGAAUAUUGUGGCGACGUUUUCCCUGUGCUUGCUGAAAAGUUGCAAUCGUCGUUUCUGCCUUACUUCAUGGCUUGUCUGCCAACUCUUAUCGGGAAGCUGAAACCAAUCUGUUCGUCAUCUGAACGUUCGUUUGGAGCCGGCACGAUCGCUGAAACUAUCGAUAAAUUGGGACCUGGGGGUUCUGCUGAGAUUUUACAGCAUGUUGUGCCCAAGUUCAUACAACUAAGCAGAGACAGCGAGGCCGAGGUUCGAAACAACUCCAUCUACGGGCUUGGCGUAUUGCUGCAGAACGGCGGUCCUGCAUCCACUCAACAUUACCCCAAUGUAUUGGGGUGUUUGUCGCAAGCUUUGGUGAAGGAAGAUUCGCGUAGAGUGUUGGACAAUAUAUUAGGGGCUGUUGCGAGGCUCAUAUCGGCAAAUAAGGAUCUUGUACCGUUACCCCAGGUUCUCCCCGUUUUAUUGAACCAUCUUCCCUUACAAGAAGAUCACGACGAGGAUCCCAUUGUAUAUGGUUGUCUCGCUACUCUUAUGCGGGAUAACCAAGUGCGGGAUGACGUCAAAACGAUGACGCGCAUCAUUGAAAUAUUUGCCGCUGUUAGCGUAGAUGAUGACGUAGACACGAAAGUGAAAACAGCCUUGCGAGCCGAGGUUCGAGAUCUCCGGUCACGUGAUGAGAAAAAGAUGUCCGAGCUAGUCACGUGUUUAGACCAAGAAACCACCACUGUGUUACACAGCAUGUUGGCCCAGUAACCUAACUCCACACUGCUCCUACAUCGGUGCAUGGCUUGUAAAGGUUCCUACACCUUUUGGUAACUCAUGUUAGGCAUAGUAAAGAUUUCUCACCGUGGGCGGAUUGUUUACAAGAAAUUCAGAAUCUUUUCCUGUUCUUAAAUUUCUGGGUAUCUUCUUCUUCUCCAGGAUUAAACGUUCGGUUUGUUAAAAUCUGCCGCUUUUGUGCCUAGACUUUCCAGACCGUAGACGGAUCAAUUCACACGAAAUUCAAGAUUUUUUUCCGUUGUUUAAUUUCCGGGCAUAUUGUUGCACAGGCCAUGAAAUUUGGUUUGUUAAAACCACAAUGCCAACAACCCUACCCGGAAUUUUCUUGUGGUUGUUGAUCCUGAUUGUCCUGUCAUUCAACCUACAAAGUUUGGUUUGGUAAAAAUGAACCGCCUUUGUGUUUAAAUUGCGCGCUUUCGGAUAAGACCAACAGUAAUUUUCUUGUGCUACUUGAUUUUGUGGACAACUUGUACAAGUUGGUACACAAUUUGGUUUGUCGCUGUUGUUUCUAAACUUUUCCAUAUUAACGGGUAAGCCCUCCCGGUAUUUGAAAAUUUCUCGUUGGUUGGUUAGUUUUGUCGGCCUUUUCCACAAGCUACACAGUUUGGUGAAGAAGCUGUCGUUGUUGUUUCUAUAUUUCUUGUCAGGUUAAGUUUUCUAAUCUGCCCGGAUUUUCACAAAGUGCCUACAGCUCUGUUGUUGAUGUUAUUCUAACUGUGCAUGGUCGUAUUCGAGUUUUAGAAAAAUUUUGAUCGCUUUUAUUCUUUUCUUUUCUGCUGUGCAUUCGUUGCAUGUUUUCUUUAUUUUCGGGCAAUCGUCGCCUUCUUCGCUUAAUUGUACAGACGUGGGUCGGCUUCAUUUAUUAAAUAAGCCAUGGUUGUGGUGGAUGCAUUUCAAACACUGUUUCAUUAUCAACUGAGUGUUAAAGAUUAAACUCAAAUUGGCGGAGGUCCUUCUGCCCAAUACGUCACAGGGUCCACAAUUUUCAAUUAUUUUGGUUCGUUACCCCAAGAUUAAACUCUAUGAUAUCGGACAAUCGCGUUUAUUACAUUCGUUUUUAAUGUUAGUUAAAUUGGCUGCUUUUUCCGGUUUUAAGACGCCAAAAAAGCCAUAAUUCUUAGUCAUGUUGGCACAUUAACCCAAAAUUAUACCACAUUCUUAAGACACUGGACCAUUUUUAUUAGCUCUAGUGGUAAACUUUAUACUCAAAAUGGCUAAAUGCGUAGAAGCUGCUUCUGAAUCGUUGUGGUUUUUGAUACAUUUUGUGGAUCUUUAAUUAAAAUUUCCAUUCACUGCGA